CAUUUUGUCAACACCCACCUUCUUGGAUUCUUCCUGGAAAGAACAUGCAUCACUCAUUUAUGACCCCCAGUUUUCACACCUACGCGCAUUCAUUUGGAAAACGAAAAGGUUAUAGAGAAAUUGCUUAGAAACCACCUGUAUUCUUCCCUGGAAUUUUGAUCUGUUUUUCUCCUUCAUUCUCAUAUUCUUAUUGUUUCUAGUUUCUUUAAGACGUAUUGAACGAUCGGUUUUCUGAUUUUAAACACUACAUCGAGAUAUAUUUUUCUUCUCAAACAUCGUCAUGUUGUCAUUACCUUCAACUUCCUCAUACAUUUCUAGAAAGAAAUAUGAUGUUUUCUUGAGUUUUAGAGGUGAAGAUACUCGCAAAAACUUCACCGAUCAUCUCUAUGCUGCUCUAAAGAGGAAUGGGAUCGUCACUUUCAGGGAUGACCCAAAGCUGGAGGCCGGAGAAGAGAUCGCAUCAGAACUCCUUAAAGCAAUUCAGCAGUCAUGGUGCUCGGUAAUCGUUUUUUCAGAAACUUAUGCCUUUUCAAGUUGGUGCUUGGAGGAGCUUGCUGAGAUUGUUAAACAACAUAACAACGACGGCCAUAAAGUGUUUCCAAUUUUUUACGAUGUUGAUCCAUCUGAUUUAAGAAAACAAAAAGGGAAAGUGGAAGAAGCCUUUGCCAGACAUAAAGAGAGAUACAAAGAAGAUAGUGAGAAGAUCCAAAGAUGGCGAAAUGCUUUAAUUCAAGUGGCUGCAAUCAAGGGAUGGCAUUUAAAUAACAGGCAUGAAUCAGAAUUUAUUAGAGAGAUUGUUCAGAAGAUAUCAGCAAAACUACGUCGGCCAGUUACUCGUAGUGACUUGGUUGGAAUUAGUGAACGCAUGGAAGAUUUAUAUUUGAAAAUAAAUAUAGGGGAAAAUGAUGUCCGCAUUAUAGGGAUUUGCGGAAUGGGUGGUAUCGGUAAAACAACACUCGCAAGACUUGUUUACAAUCAAAUGUCACAUCAUUUUGAAAGUAAAAGCUUUAUUGCUGAUAUUCGAGAAGUUUCAGACAAAUGUGGAUUAGUUUCUUUACAAAAACAACUUCUUUCAGAGAUCUUUCAUGAUGAAUGCUUUAACUUUUUCAAUGUUCAUGAAGGGAGUGACAUAAUUAGUCAUAUGUUGUCUCGCAAAAAGGUUCUUGUUGUUCUUGAUGAUGUUGAUAACAUACAACACUUAAAAUGCUUGGUUGGAAGGCAUGAUUGGUUUGGAUUAGGGAGUAGAAUCAUUGUAACGACAAGAGACGAACAUUUACUUCAGUCUUGCCAAAUUGAUGAUGUGUAUAAGCCCACAACAUUGAAUCUCGAAGAUGCACUUCAACUUUUCAAUUUGAAAGCUUUCAAGAGUGAUACAAUGCCGAAAGAUGAUUUCAUUGAACUUUCUAAUCAAGUUGUAAAUUAUGCUGAUGGGCUCCCUUUAGCUCUAGAAGUUUUUGGUUCCUUUUUGUGCGGUAGAGAUGCGACUCAAUGGAGAAGUGCAAUUGAAAGACUUAAAAGAGAUUCUAGUAAAGAAAUUCUCAAUAAACUUCGAAUUAGUUUUGAUGGGCUGGAAGAAAGAGAGAAGAAUAUAUUUUUAGAUAUAGCAUGCUUCUUCAAUGGGGAGAAGAAAGAUUUUGUAAUGAAAAUAUUGGAGGGUUGUGAGUUUUUUCCAGAUAUUGGAAUUGAUAUUCUCGUUAAGAAAUCUCUCAUAAAAGUUGAUAUUAACAACCAAUGUUUGUGGAUGCAUGCCUUGUUGCAAGAAAUGGGAAGAAAAAUUGUUCAAGAAAAAUGUGUUGAUGAACCUGGAAAACGUUGUAGAUUGUGGGAGGAAAUAGAUAUUCAUCAUAUUCUAACAAAAAAUACGGUAAGUCAUUCAACAAAAAAUACAUUCAUUUUUGUUUUGCUCAUGAUUAUUAGGGAAUCGAGCUGGAUGCUCAAUUUGAGUGCCGAUAUUUUCUUAAAGAUGAAAAAAUUGAGAUUGCUCAAAGUACUUUGCCUAUCAAAUUGUGAUAAUCUCAAAUAUCUUUCUAAUGAGUUACGACUUUUAGAUUGGAAAGGAUGUCCUUUAAGAUCGUUACCUUCAAACUUUCAACCGGAUAAUCUUGUCGCACUUCUCUUACCAUAUAGUUGCAUUGAACAAUUAUGGAAGGGAAAUAGAGUAAGAAUUAACUCAUCUCAUCCUAGUGUUUUAGCUUAUAAAACAAAAAUGAGCAUUAUAUUGUUUUCUCUUUUCUCUCUAAUUUAUUAUUUUCUUCAACAGCCCUUGAAUAAGUUGAAAAUGAUGAACCUCGAAGGGUCCCAAAACUUGAUCAAGACACCAGACUUCACAACAGCACUAAAUCUUGAAGUUUUGAUUUUGGAAGGUUGUACCAAAUUAGUGGAUGUUCAUCCUUCAAUUGGAGUGCUUAAGAGCCUUAAACUUUUGAAUUUAAGAGAUUGCAAAAGUCUUAGGACUCUUCCGACCAAAAUCGGAAUGGAAUCUCUUGAAACAUUAAUUCUUUCGGGUUGCUCAAGUCUUAUAAGGUUUCCGGAGAUUGAUGGGAAAAUGGAACGUCUAAAAACUCUAAACCUUUCUGGUUGUUAUAGAGUUGAAAGUUUAUCGGACAAUUUGCAGCAAGCAAAGUUUUUGGAAGAGCUCGACUUGAGUGAAACAACCAUAACAGAGCCACCAUCAUUCAUUUUUAAAUUGAAAAAUAUUAAAAUUCUGUCUUUCAAUGGGUGCAAAGGACCAUCAUCAAAGUUACGACCAAAUUUGCCUUCUCUUUUCAAGGUAUUCCAAGGAAGAAGGACGAAUCCCAUGGCUCGGAUGUUACCUUUGUUGUCAGGUUUGAGUUCAUUAAGAGAGCUAAAACUAAGGGACUGCAAUCUUUGUGAAGGAGAUAUUCCUAGUGAUAUUUCUUGCCUAUCCUCCUUGACAGAUCUUGAUCUUAGUGGUAACAAUUUCAUCAGCAUACCUGCAUCUCUUACUGGACUCUCAAAGCUUGAGUCUCUUGAAUUGUCAAAUUGCAACAUGUGCACUCUUGGUGAAGCAGAUAUUCAUGGUCUAUCCUCUUUGAGAUAUCUUUAUCUUAGGGGUAACAAUUUCAUCACCAUUCCUUUGGCUCUUACUCAACUUUCCAGGCUUGACUCACUUCAAUUAUCAAGUUGCAUGAAGCUUAAAUCAUUGCCUGAGCUACCAACAAGUAUAAAAGAAAUGCGUAUAGAUGAUUGUGCUUCACUUAAAGUAGUUGCAAGUCUAUCAAAUGUAAGCAAUUUAGUGGAUUUGGAUUUCAUUAGAGCCAUUAACUGCUUCAAAUUGGCUGAGAAUAUCAAAGCAUUAACACUGCUGAAAAGACAUCUCAAGGGAUUUGCAAAUUCAAGAAAAAUGUUUGAAGUUAUUAUGCCAGGAAGUGAAAUCCCGGAAUGGUUUAGCCAACAAAAAAGUGACUCUUCAAUUAAGAUCCCCUUUCGGAAAGAUAGUGAAUGGAUUGGCGUUGCUUGUUGCUGCAUUUUUGUCAAUAAUGAUGCUUCAAGGGAUAACGAGGUUAUCGGUUGUGGAGCAUAUAUCUAUUGUAGAAAUUGUGAAAAAGCCAGCUGUAAUGGAACUAUUUUUCAAGGUAGAAACCAUCGAAGGGUUCAUUGGGGUGGCUGGCUGAUGGGUAAAGAAAUUAACCAGCCCGUAAUGAAAGAUCACCUUUUUCUUUGUUAUUGGUCACGCGAUGAAUUAUGUCCAUUUUCGGAGGAUAAAUAUGGUGACUGUGAAACCAAUAAUUUAUGGACAACAGAUUGCUUAGAUCAGAAAUGCGAUGAGCUUGAGGUGUCUUUCUCAGACUCAGAUUUUGAAGACAAUGCUAAGGUGAAGAAUUGUGGUGUUAGAAUAGUGUAUGGGAAAGAUUUGGAAGAAAUAAAACAGUUGCAGUGCCAUACGACUCAGUCUUGUCCCAGUUUUGAACACAUCCACCGAUACUCUGGUCACAAUGAUGGAUCAGUAGGUAGCACUUCUCGCACAAAACGAAAACAUAAUAUCUACGAGGAAACAGAGGAAGAAGGGCCGCAACCCAAACGAAUGCAAAAUUUUUUCAAUUUUAUGAUGGGCCAAUUAUAAACAAAGGAAGAAGGGUAACAUUUACUGUGGUAAACUACUUAACCUACCUUGUCCUAUUAACUUGUUUUUACACAUCUAUGUUGUUUAUAUCUUUUAUUUCAUUUAAAGUAAUCAUAUUAUAUUUAUUUUCA